ACGCGCUUUCCCUCUCCACGGUACUGAACGAUCUCCCGCACCUAGUGCUGUCUUCCACCUCUCCACAUUUCGGUUUCUUGUUCUUUUUUUAAAAAAAUUAUCUGCCAUUUUCUGUAUUUGCUUCGUUUAUGGGGAAAAAUAUAUCGACAACAUGGAAAAGCGAGGAUUUACAGAAGUCGAAGGAAAGGGAGAUUCAAAGGACAUUUCAGUGACUGUGAAAAAAGAUUUUAUUUAACUGAUUAUAUACAAGGAUUAAAACACAGAAACACGUUUUUUCUCACUGGGUCAAAUAAAUACAGCCCAGGAUUCCACUAUAAGGGAAUAUGCUGAAACAUCCUGCAGUCCUUUCAAGUUGAAAAAUCUCAUUAAUAUCGAGUGGAAUAUCGUUUUUGGAGAUGGAUACGAUGAAGGAUCGAGUUUUGGCCCCCGGGAAGGAGAGACUGAGGAAUCUGGCGGGGAAAACCCUCGGACACAUGCACAGGGUGAUGGAGAAGAAGCAGAAAACGGGUGAGGUUAUCGAGCUGACUGAAGAUGGGCGGCCCGCGCAGAUACAGGAGAAAAAACCUCCUCUGUGCGACUGCACGUGCUUCGGGCUCCCGCGCCGGUAUAUCAUCGCCAUCAUGAGCGGCCUCGGCUUCUGUAUAUCGUUCGGGAUCCGCUGUAACCUCGGAGUCGCGAUCGUCGGUAUGGUCAACAACAGCACCAUUCACAGAGGAGGCAAGAUCAUCAUAAAAGAGCAAGCUAAAUUUAACUGGGACCCUGAGACGGUGGGAAUGAUCCACGGCUCGUUUUUCUGGGGUUAUAUAGUGACACAGAUUCCAGGAGGUUAUAUAUCCUCACGACUGGCUGCCAACAGGGUGUUUGGUGCUGCUAUCUUGCUUACAUCAACACUCAACAUGUUCAUCCCAUCUGCUGCACGUGUGCACUACGGCUGUGUCAUCUUUGUGAGAAUUCUGCAGGGCCUAGUUGAAGGUGUGACCUAUCCAGCAUGCCAUGGGAUUUGGAGCAAGUGGGCUCCACCCCUGGAGAGAAGUCGCUUAGCAACCACCUCUUUUUGUGGUUCAUAUGCUGGUGCUGUGGUUGCCAUGCCACUGGCUGGAAUAUUAGUGCAAUACUCAGGCUGGUCUUCUGUCUUCUAUAUCUAUGGGUGUUUCGGGAUCAUUUGGUACAUGUUUUGGAUUCUGGUGUCGUAUGAGAGUCCAGCAGAUCAUCCCACCAUUACAGAUGAAGAGAGAACUUACAUAGAGGAGAGUAUUGGAGAAAGUGCCAAACUACUUGGGGCAGCUGAGAAAUUCAAGACACCCUGGAGAAAGUUCUUCACCUCUAUGCCAGUCUAUGCAAUCAUUGUGGCUAAUUUCUGCAGGAGCUGGACCUUCUAUCUGCUGCUCAUCAGUCAGCCCGCAUACUUUGAGGAAGUGUUUGGCUUUGAAAUCAGUAAGGUUGGUAUGCUUUCUGCUUUACCCCAUCUGGUCAUGACCAUUAUUGUGCCAAUUGGUGGUCAACUGGCUGACUUCCUCCGCAGUAAAAACAUCUUGUCCACCACCAACGUCAGAAAAAUCAUGAACUGCGGAGGGUUUGGGAUGGAAGCCACUCUUCUGUUGGUGGUUGGUUUCUCACACAGUAAAGGGAUGGCCAUCUCUUUUCUGGUGCUAGCGGUUGGGUUUAGCGGCUUUGCCAUAUCAGGUUUUAAUGUGAACCACCUGGAUAUUGCACCAAGGUAUGCCAGUAUACUCAUGGGCAUUUCUAAUGGAGUGGGCACUCUGUCUGGCAUGGUAUGCCCUCUCAUUGUAGGUGCCAUGACAAAAAAUAAGACCCGUGGGGAGUGGCAGAACGUGUUCCUGAUCGCCUCACUGGUGCAUUAUGGUGGCGUGGUGUUCUACGGGAUUUUUGCGUCUGGAGAGAAGCAGCCGUGGGCCGAUCCGGAGGAGACCAGCGAGGAGAAGUGUGGCUUCAUCGAUGAAGACGAGUUAGCGGAGGAGACUGGUGACAUCUCAUUGAGUCACACUCCUUUUGGAGGCCAGAGCACUACUGGGGGUCCCGCCAAAACAUACGGAGCCACAACACAGCUGAACGGGGGAUGGGUGAAAACCUGGGAGAAAAAUGAAGAAUAUGUCCAGGAGGAAGCCGAGCAUUCAUAUACAGGAGACCGGUACUCGUAGAUAAACCAAAUAUUUAAAAAAAUGAAAAAAAUAAAGCAGAGAUAUUGAGCAAGUUAGUGGUAAUGUUGCUAUACCCUAUAAAAAUAACUGUGGGAGUGAGAGACAUCUUUGAAUGGAGAAGAUAUUUAGAGAACAACAUUACAACAAGAAAAUAUUGCUAAUUAUAAAGAAAUCAUUUUCAGAAGUAUAGUAAGAAUUUAUAAGGCUAAAUCCGUUUAAAGACUACAUAAAUGUUUCUUUAAAAAGUAAAGAUAUUUAUGUUCAAAUAUUACUGUGGUUUACAGCAUUUAAUCAACUGACAAUAUUUAAUAGCACAUACAUAUCUGUUAUCAAGGCACAGGUCUUGGCGUGUUUUCAGGCUUAGACCAGUUUUGCUUUAGUUUAGUGUCGUCUACUGCGUAAAUUUAGUAGAUGAGUAGUUUAUGAGUUUAACAAGUCAAAAUCAAUUAGAGUAGGCUAGGUUAGAUAAGAGUAGGUUAAAUUGUAGUUUUGUUCAAAAGAAACAAGUGUUUAACACAGACUUUUUUGCUCCUCUGGUUUACAGAGCUCUUGCCAUUGACCUUAAAGAAAAUAUGCAAAAUUUGGGUUAUGUAACUAUAUUAUAUAAACUUAAAAGCUACAAAGAGUGCUGUUUAACAUUAUGUACUUUAAUAUUAACAGGUCUAUAUUAUUAACCGGUCCUUUAUAUGGGACUUAAACCUAGAAAAUAGAGCAAAUAGAAGUUAAUCAACUACUGUACAUGGUUCAGAGAGAAUAUAAAAUAGCACAAACAUAAUAUAACUGAUAUAUCUGAAUACUGAUGUGUAUUAAAAUAAGUGUGAAAUAUAUUGAUGAACCUUUAAAUGUACUAAAAGUACACUUGAGAACUUUUUAAAGAGCAAUCUUGUAUAAACUGUGGCACAAAACAAAUUUUAUUGAGCUAUUUACACCAACAGUACAUUCAAGUGUGUGUUACUUUAUUGCUUGGCAACACAGUCCUGUAUUUUCAGUGGUAUUAAGCUGAUCUUCAUUUAAAUGUUGCAUUUCAGCAACAUAUGAUGACAAACCUGACAUUUUCUAAUAUACCUUGAAUGCACUGACAUGUUGUUAUUCAGAGUAAAAAAAAGUUGUCUUUAUCCUAAGUGUUUUACAUAGAUUUAUCGUUUCUGUGAGACAGUCAGUGAUUGCUGUGCUUAUUGUUCUUAUUGGGCCAUUUUUAUCCAAGAUUGUCAGUGUGGAAGUCUGUUUUGGGACGAAUAUUGUGAUAUCAAAGAGAGCAUUCCAUAUUCAUGGUCAAAUCCUGUGUAAGAAUUUGUUGAUCACUGCAAUGUAUUUAACUGUUGCCAUGCAAAAUUGAUGUAAUGUGUUUGAAAUUGUUAAUGGGUGAAUCUCACACAACCUGUCAAGAAAAUGCAUGGGUCAUAUUUCACCUCAAAAUCAAAAGAAAAAACAAAGAAAUUAUGUUUUGCAUUAAUAACAUGAAGCAUUAAGAAAUUGUAUAUUACUCUCAUAAUUUGCAUUACAGUUAUGCAAAAAAGGUCUCAUUCCCAUCACUGCAAUCUGAAGUAAAAUGGUAAUGUAACUUAUUCUGGAUAAAAAACAUGAAGCGUGUUUUUUAGGAUUCUAAUCAUUGUAUUUCUUAUUAACAUAAUAAUAAAAAAAAGUCUCAUUCUUGUUACUGUAACUGAGACAAAAUUAUGAUAUUAUUUAAAUCGUUACGUAUGUAUACAUCAUGGUUGUAUUUUUUGUAAUGUCUUUGAUUUAAUUAUGCUGAAAAAACUUAUUGCAGUAAUUUUUACUGUAAUGCAUUAAAUAAGUACUGUUUUACAGUAAUAAGAAGCACAACUGAAUAUAAUUAGAAAUAAAUAAAUAAAAAAUACUAAGUAAAACAUCCAGAUUCAUUACAGUAAAAACAAUUUGAUUUGAUGGUUAAACUUAUUUUGGUUAAAGAAUAUAAAGCUGAUUUUUUAGGAUUCUCAUUACAGUAAUUGUCAUUACCGUAAUGCAAAAAGUUGCAUUCUAAUCACUGUAAUGGGAAGAUAAUAAUUUAAAUAAAUUUUAAUUGUAUUUUUGUAAUGCCUUUCAUUGAUUAAUUUAAUUAUACUGAAAAAAGCAUUGUAUUACAGUAAUGUUUAUUGUAAUACAGUAAAAACUACUGUUUGAAAAUGAUCAUUUCACAUUGAUCAAAUUGAGACAAUUUUACUUUAAACAAAAUGUACUUUCUUAUUGUUUUGUUUUUUUUCUUUAGAAUUUGGGGUGAGACUUGGACAUGUUUUUUGUGUUAUUUACCCUUAUACCAAUUCAUUCCUGACACAAACCAGCAUGUUGUGUUUAGUUAACCAGCACUUAUCUAAGACGAUUUGUCUUAAACGGCUCCUGGAACAAACCAAAAAAAAAAAUAAAUAAAUAAAAAAUAAGAAAAGCUUAUUACAAACACGUACUGCAAUAACUUAAUGGUAACAUCAACUGUUUUGCUAUAAUCAACAUCUGAAUCAUUCAAAUUGUGUCAGAAUGUUUGCGAAAGUCUGAUUGAAACAUCAAAUUUAGCUUAAAAUCAAGUCUAAUGUUUGUUCUUCUUAGAUUAAAAGAUACAUGGACAUUUUCAGAAGUUGGAAUCUGAGCCAUGCUUUAAGUUGUUCCAAAACUCAACUGGAUGAAUAGAUGUUUUCUUGAUUUGUGCAUUAUCUGAUGAAUGUAUCAAAGAUUGAAGCCCUAUUCAUGGCCUCUUUCCUGAGACUAAAGUGCACAAGUGAUUGUUAUAUUCUAUUGUUGUGUCAAACAGAGCGAUUUCUUGAUGUCAAAAGUAUUAUGCUGUAUGAAUUGCUCACUAAGUGUCAUUUUUUAUAAAAUUAAUGAAUUCAAGACAUUAUUAUGUCUUACCUAUGAUUUUCAGACUGGUGGACCAAACAUUUAGAGGCAAUUUUCUGGUUUUGAAAAGAUACAAGUUGAUGUUCUUUAUAGAGUGUGAUGAUUAUUUUUGCAUGAUAUAGUCAUUAAAACUAUCCUGGGUAUUGAUUUGAAAUUGUUGUGUCCCUGUUGUGUAUCUCCAAGA